CAGCAGCACAACACGGAAGUAGGUUCAGCCGUCGAAGUGGAACUGCGGAGAGCAGAUGUUUUCCUUGUAGCACAGGAUGCCUGUUGAAAAUACGGAGGAGAAGACUCUGGAGGUGCUGGCUCUGCCUGAAGGAGUAGAUGAGGAACUACUGUGUCUGUACUUUGAGAAUAAACGGCGCUCAGGUGGAGGGCCUCUUAUAUCUGUGGAAAAGAAGGGCAACCGUGCUGUACUGAUUUUUGAAGAGGCUGAAGUUGCUGCCCGAGUGUUGUCUCAAGGGCACCACGUUCUGCAUAAUGUCGAGCUGAGUGUGAGAAAGCCUGCGUCGAAGGACCGACGCAGGCUGCUGCUGCGGGGUGUCAACCCCAACACCAGCACAGAGAUGAUAGAGCUGUACGUGGAGAACAUGAUGGGUCUCAACGUACAAGACUACACCCUGUGUCCCUCCCCAGGGAGAGAUUUCAUCCUCAUUCAUCUCACUCAACCCUUCUCAAAAGAUUUCCAACAUCUCAGCACAAAUAUAUCCAAAAGGAAACUUGAUGGGGCUCAGGUAAUUCUCGAACAGAUUAACCAAACUGACGCCAUCUUGGUGGAGAACCUGCACCCUGGCAUCAAUUCAGACAUGCUCACCUUGUACUUUGAGAGCACGCGAGGUGGGAAUCAUGACGUAAAGGGGGUCACCAUGCUGUCAGAGAGUACAGCAGUUGUGUCCUUUGUUAACUGUGAUUCUGUGGAUGCUGUUCUGGAUCACACACACAAACUGGGUGAUGCCAACCUUGUAGUCAAGCCCUAUUUUGACUUUCUUCAACCUAUGGAAAGUUCAGCAUCACAAGACUCUGGAUAUGAAAGGCAAGAAAUAACGCGGAGUAACUCUGAGGAUCUGAGUGAUAGUCAGAUGCAGACCAGUCCUCCCGCAGUGGUCGGUUCCAGCAGUCCACCAUCUGCCUCCACCUCCUCUUGUCAGACUGCUUCACAGCCACUUGCUGCCUAUGAGGCAGAAGAAGAAGAAGCCAUGGAAGAUCAAACUGAGGAUACAGAUUCACUAUCAAGCCACAUUGCGAUUACUAAUCCAGUAAAACAUUCUUUGCUUCGGUGCAGCAUCUUUCAGCGGGACUUAAAACAGGCUAAUCCAAAUUUUACCAUCCAAGUUAACGAUGAUGGUGUGUAUAUUGCAGGACCUGACAAACUAAAGGUUGAGCAACUGAAAGACACCAUCUUGGACUUUCUUGGUAACAUGACAGAGACUAAUUUUACCCUGGAGCCAGAAAUGGCUCAGUUCCUUGCAAGAAGUGAUGUAAAAGAGCGGCUGUUAGAAAGCCUGAAUCAAACCGGCUCCUCUACUGUUUACACAGUGUUAGGCUCCCAAGUCAUGGUAACUUCCCUGUCCCAGGACUCAGCCUACCAGGCAUGUAGCUUUUUAAAAUCUCAAGUGUGUCGCUUCAGCAUACCCAUGGACACGGAAAAUGAAGGCCUGCUGUAUUGCAGAGAGUGGUCAGAGUUUUUGGAGGCUCUUAGCUUCUCCUCUGUCAAGGUGGCAGAACAUGGAGGGAAUAUUGAUGUUCUGACUCUGAAAGGGAUGGAGGAGGAGAAGCAGACUGCAAUCCUGAACUUUCUGACUACACCUAUUGAAAGGGAGACGGUCAUCUCUAUGGAGCCAGGCAUGCUGAAGUACAUUCAGAACCACUGUCAUCAGCUGUUGGCUGACAUGGACCAAGUAUCUAUUUUCCCACUCGAAGGCGAAGAUUGUUGUGGGUUAAAGAUCCAUGGCCAUGCUGUUGCAUGCCAAAUGGCAGAGGAAGUUCUGCAAGGUAUCGUCUCCUCUAUCUGCACCAGAACCAUCACAGUAAACACUCCAGGGGUGACUCGCUUUUUAGGCGAACAGGACUGCAUUAACGUUCUGAAUGAGAUGGAGAGAAAGUUUCAAGUCUACAUCAACAUCGUCCACGUGCCCUGGAAGCCCCUCCCACAUCAGGAUAUUUUUAAAACUGCAUGGCAGAUGAUGUCCCACAAAAAUUUCCAGAAAUUUGCACAGGAGCUGAAGUCAGAUUCAGUGCAAGCCGUUCAUAAUGGAGUUUCAGACCAAGGACUUUUGGAAGAGGCAAAGAAAAUUGUCUCAGCUGUUGAUGAAAGACCGCUGACUGGGGUGUCCCCUGUAGACCAGCUCGUUGACAUGGACAACCUGGACCUGUACACUGCAGAGGAACCGAGCAGCCCCACGGACCAGGGUGCUGAUCUGACAGUCGUUGAUGGUUCUCAGUCCUCAGAUGAACAGAACGCUAACACUGGGUUGCCCCUGAAUAAUGAUGGAGCUAUGGGCCUUUCUAGCGAUCUGGAAGAAGAGGCCCAACUCUCUUUAGCCAUCCAGUACUCUAUGGAGUCAAGUCAUUGGUCUUUGGAGGAUGAGGAGCAACAGCUGCAAAAAGCCUUGGAGUUGUCCAAGGAAAUGAUCCAACAUGAAGGUUGUUCUUCUAGUGGAAAUAACAAAAGCCCACUGGUGGACCAGAAGGGAAAGACCUCCUUACAGGAUGCAAUCACGGCAGCAAACACCCUGCAGCUAAUUGUGUUUGCAGGUUACAACUCUGACUUGAUUCGGGUGGACAUAGCCUUUAAUAAGAAGGUUAGCCAGAGACAGGUUGAGGAGAAGGUGGAGCACAGGGGCAUAAGACAUUUGUCAGAGUAUCACAAGAUGUGUCUGGAGAUGAUCAAAAGGAAGCAUGCAGUGGAAAUUGAAGUUCAGGGCACCAUAAUUACAGUCUCUGGGUUUAAGGAGUUUGUGACUGGGGGUGUGUGGGAUUUGAAGCUGCUCCUGGAGACAUUGUCCAAUUCCGUGUCUGACCAGGAAAUCCUGAAGACUGUCCAGUGGGUGCGGCAUGACCCCGCCUCCUCAGCCACGACAUCAUACUCUGCCGAAGCCACAGUAUUCAUUGAGAACAUUUGGAGGAUGAAGAUGAACAAAGUCGAUAUCUUGCUAGACAAUCAGCCCCACGUAAUCAACUUUGAGAAGAUGGAAGAAUACAACAUAGCUGCAGGGAAAUCUGCCAAAGUCUCCAGGAAGUUGCUGGACUUAGGGGACGUGAAUGAGGAUGUACCAGAAGAGGAGUACUCUCUGCUGUCAAAUCUGCCAGAAGCAAGCAAAGUAGACGAGGAAUCGGACGAAUUUCAGAGUGUGGUGAAGAGUUUCUAUGAGACCAUACAGGAAUACCACAGCAAAAUCAGAAUCAUCCAGGUGGAGAAGCUCAUGAAUCGACUGCUGUACAACCAGUACAAGCUGAAGAAGGCGAGUGUACUUCAGCGUUCCACGUUCCCACAAGUCGAACGGACUCUGUACCACGGCACAAGUGAGACGAGCGUGAAAGAGAUAUGCAUUCAUGGCUUCAACAGAAGCUUCUGUGGAAAGAAUGCCACGGUCUACGGUCAGGGGGUGUAUUUUGCCGUCAACUCCCAUCUGUCCGUCCAGGAUCAGUAUUCGCCCCCAAACGCAGACGGAUACAAGUUUAUUUUCGUAUCAAAGGUUCUUACAGGAGACUACACUAAAGGCUGCCAUUCGAUGAAGGCGGCCCCGCUGAAGGAGACUGGUGAUAUUCCCCUCAGAUACGACAGCGUGACCGACAACAUCACCAAGCCGACGAUGUUUGUCAUCUUCAACGACACGCAAGCUUUUCCAGAAUAUCUCAUUACGUGCCAGAGAAUCCACCGCUGAAAGCGCUGAAUGCUUAGUCACAAGAGAAUAAACAUAACAUUUUCUAUGUUUUACGUUUCGACCUUGAUUUAAGAAGUGCAUUUGAUUAAAGGGCUAAUGUGUUGCAGUGCACAGUCUGAUCAAUCAUCAAACCUUAUUCAACUCCUUCACCUUCAUUGGUUUCUGUGCUUUUCAGAUAAGUGAACAAAAAUCCAACAGCUGAACCUACAAAGCCAGUUUCAGCACAUUAUGUCUCAGUGUGUCUUGUCCUGACAUAGGUGUGACUCAGCAGUGAUAGUCACUUUGGUGUUUCUUAACAUCACUCCUAAACUCCAGUGAAUAUUAACCUUGGUUAAACUCAUAAGCAUCCAAAUAAGACUGUAUGUAUGGUGUAAAAAUGUAAUUGCACGUAGUACUUGAUCUUGAUAAAUACAUGUAACUAUCAUGUAAUGCUUUGAUGUGUACUACUCCAGCCUGCUGACAGAGAUAAAUAGACACUACUUCUAACAGUAGGCGCACAAUGCAAAUCAACAAGUGUGUUUAUUUUACUUUCAGGUUAAGUUGUUUGCUGCAGUGUCCAUGUUCAGCAGAUCUCUCUCUUGGUCUUGCAAAGAUAGCCCCUAAAUGUAGCUAAAAGUUUUUUAGUGAAGCAGCAGUUGCAUUGUGCAUUGACAAAAUGGGACAAUUAAGACCCUGGGUGACAAUGAUCGAAGCCACACAGUGACUGUGCACUUUAAAUACAUGUGUUUUUAUUUUAAUAUAAGUAAAUCAAUUGUCAGUUAUAGUUCUUAUAGUUCUUAUCGCCCUGUUCAUCUAUUCCUUUCUUAACGAUGAUUGUGGACAUCAUGGUAUAUUUGUUUACCUGUUUCCUCUUUUAAGUGCUCUGACAACAAAUAUUUAGAUUGAUUGAAAUCUGGCACUACAGCCUGGGAAUGUGUUGAUCAUAGAUCUUUGUUUUAAUUUCUUAUUGCAAAUGUACCCCAAAAAUACUAUUAUGCUGGCUUUUUGACUGUAAUUUCUUAUUUUGCUAUUUGUUUUUUUAAGGAAAUGUGAAGUAUUGCAGUCUUAAAAAAUAUUAUGAUAAUUUUUUUUAAGAAAAAUAAAAUGCUUAAUAUAAGAAA